CCUCAGUCCUCACAGGUCUCGGGGACAUGGGGAUUGUGGUGGAUAUGGCAGCCUCUCUAUGUUGGAUGUUGGUGGUGUUUGCCGGCGUGGUCAGAUGCUCACCAGAACAGUGGAAUCUCCGCCGAUCACAGAGCGAGGGUUUGUGUGCUCAGCUCAUUCAACCCUCCGGCUACCCUUGCUCCGAACACACCGUUCAAACUAAGGAUGGCUACGUCUUAGCUCUUCAACGUGUUUCUGCUCAAGCAGGCGGAGAUAUUAAAGUCAAUCGCGGCCCUCCAAUUCUCCUUCAACAUGGCCUCUUUCUGGGUGGAGAUAUAUGGUUUGCGAAUUCAAUUCAACAGUCCUUAGGCUUCAUACUAGCUGACCAUGGUUUCGAUGUAUGGGUUGGAAAUGUGCGAGGUACUCAUUGGAGUCGUGGACAUGUUUCCUUUUCUGAGAAGGAUAAGGAAUUCUGGGAUUGGAGUUGGCAGGAACUGGCUCUGUAUGACCUUGUAGAAAUGAUUACCUAUGUGUACUCAAUAACAAACUCCAAAAUUUUCUACGUGGGGCAUUCCCAGGGAACCAUCAUGGCUUUAGCUGCUUUCACUCAGCCAGAUAUAGUGGAGAUGGUUGAAGCUGCAGCCUUACUUUGUCCUAUAUCUUAUUUGGGUCAUAUCAGUGCUCAAUUUGUACUUAGUAUGGUUAGCAUGCAUCUUGAUCAGAUGCUUCUGGCUAUGGGCAUCCAUCAGCUUAAUUUUAGAAGUGACAUGGGUGUUCAGUUAAUGGAUUCGUUUUGUGAUGGUCGUAUUGACUGUGGCAAUUUGCUCUCUUCUAUCACAGGGAAGAAUUGUUGCUUCAACGAGUCACGUGUGGACUUCUAUCUUGAAUAUGAACCUCAUCCAUCGUCAUCAAAGAACUUGAAUCAUCUUUUUCAGAUGAUACGUAAAGGCACUUUUGCCAAAUAUGACUAUGGUUGGAGGGAAAACCUGAAGCAAUAUGGCUAUCUGCAACCCCCAGCCUUCGACCUUGGACGCAUACCGAAGUCAUUGCCCUUAUGGAUGGGGUAUGGGGGAAAUGAUGCCUUAGCAGACGUGAUGGAUGUAGAACACACUCUCAAAGAACUACAAUCGAAGCCGGAAUUGCUUUAUCUUGAUAACUAUGGUCAUAUUGACUUUAUAUUGAGUGUAACUGCAAGAGAAGAUGUGUACAACAAUAUGAUUGCGUUCUUUAGGUCGUAUGGAAAGUCUAGUAGUUCUUGAAUGACUUGCUUACUGGAAUCUGUUGAUUAAAU